AUGGAGUUCUUUCUGCGUAAAGCUGGACACCCGAACCUGCAGGUGCGGACGGUGCCUGAUGGGACCGUGGCUGAAUUUCCCAUCGCCAAUGUCAGCCGGGAAGAUGGAGGGAGCUACACCUGCGACUAUCGCUCCAUAGCGGAUCAGAGUCGCACAUCGCAUCCCAGCGACCCCGUCGAGAUCAUUGUAGGAGAGCCCAGCUACACCAAACCCAGCAUCUCCCUGAGCCCCAGCCGGGGGGUCUCCCUGGGGGGAAACGUGAGCGUCUGGUGUCGGGGGCAGCGCCAGGAUGUGCGGUUUGUGCUGAAUAAAGAAGGACGCCAUUUCCCACCUGUGGAUUCGGACGACAUUGAGGUUGUGUUUCCCAUCAGCAACAUGCGCCGGGAGGACGGCGGGAGCUACAGCUGCUCCUAUCACAGCAGAUCAGAGCCCUUCGCCGUGUCGUACCCCAGCGACCCCGUGGAGCUGGUGCUGAGAGCGCCCGCUCCAGGCAGUGCCCCGGCCCGGGCUGAAUGA